AUGGCAUUGAAAAUAAAGCUUAAAGCGCCAUCCGAGUCAUCAAGCACUCCACAGCCAACUUCAAUUGAAAAUGGGCUGAAGAUACCCAAGAUUAAAAUAAAAGCACCUCAACCACAACCUCAACAAGAACAACAACAAGAUCAACUACCUCAUCAAUCGUUACAGCGAAAACGUCAUAAUACUGAUACGCUAAAUGAGAACGAAAAACCUAAAAAGUUAAAGUUAAGUUUAUCGAAGAAUCAAAACAAACAAAAUCAAACCAACAAGCCUAGAAUAAUACCGAGAGUUAGAAUAAAACCAACAAGAGUGCCAGGAGAAGGAUAUGACUCAGAAGCUCCAGAUUUAGAGGACGAUCCUUUAAUUGAACAGGGAAUAAUAAUACGAUUUUUAGAUGAUGCAAAUUUAGAUUUUGUUCACACUGCAAUUGAUUCUGGAGAUCUAACAGGUUUGAAUGUAAAAUGGAUUACAAGAGAAAAAGCAGUUGUGAAUGUUAACGGAAAUUUAUAUUCAGCAAGAUUAAUAGAUCUACCUACUGUGACUGAAAUUUAUAAAACAAUAGAUAAGAAAAACAUAUUUAAAAAUUUCGAUGUAUGUCAAAUACUAUUGGUUCUACAUAUCAUAAAUCCUGCUCAAUUAAAUACCGAAAAAGACUUUGAAGUUCCUGAAGAGUACCUUUUUAAUCAUCCUUUUUACAAGCAUGUAAAAAAUAAUGAGAUCAAGAAGAAGAAAUUUGUUUUACGAGAUGGGUUGUUAAACCCUUUUAAAGAUGUGUAUCGAAGAUUCAGACCAACAAGAGUAGAUCAUCGAGUUAUCGAAGAUAUUGAAGCAAGUGUUGAUAGUCUUAUAAAAUUAGAUAAUGAAGCGGAAGAAAGUCAUUUUGAGAUACUAGAUAAGUCAAGUCAACCAAGAUUAGGCCGUGCUAGUGAAGUGUCCACUCCAAUUAAUUAUGAGCAAAGACCAGUAAAACAAGAGUUCAAAAGAGAUUCAGUCGAGUUGGAAAAUGAAGCUCCAGGUGAGCCAGACGCAGGCGAAGCGGAAGACUUUGAACUCAAUUUGGAAGAAGAACUUAACAAAGUCUUUGAUGAUGAAGGUGAAACAGAGGAACCGGUUGUAACUGUACCAUCUCUGAUAGCUGAAGCAUUAAAUAAUGAUGAAGCAGAAAUUGUGGUAGAUGAAGGUUUAGAGAAUGGUGAUAUUGACGACUUAUUUGGAGAUUAUGGGGAAGAUGCUGAGGAAGAAGAAGAAAUACAUGAAGGGGAAGAACAAGAGGAAGAAGAGGAAGAGGAAGAAGAAGACGACGAUGAAGAAGAAGACGAAGAAGAUGAAGAGGAGGAUGAAGACACAGCUCAAAAUAAGGCUGGAUUGCUGCAUACUAAAUUAUUACAAGAAGAAAUUUCUGAAUUGGAAAAAGUUGUUGAAACACAUAAAAAGAAUUUGGCUUCUGCAACCAACAAAAUGACGAAAAUGAAAUAUCAAAAUACAAUUUCAUCACUACUGGCAUCACUUGAUCAGAAGAAAAAGGAGUUGGAUAAAUCCCAAGAAUUACAUACAAAGAAUGCAGAAAUUAAACCAAACGACGCAUUUGACGAGGAUGCAGAUGAUGAAGAUAAUGAAGAUGAAGAAUUACAAGAUGAUGAUGCUAAUGAUGAUAUCGAUGAUUUAUUUUGA